CAGAACAAAGAUGAAAUCAACAGCAGCUUUCCUCCUUGUGGCUUCCUUGGCUUUGGCCUCGGCUUCAUUGGACUGCAGAUGCACCUUCGAGCAUAAACCAGUGUGCGGAUCCAACGGACAAACUUAUGGUAACGAGUGCGUUUUCAACUGCGCCGCAAGAAGCGACGAAAAUCUUCAGAUCGUCAACCGUGGAAAGUGCAGCAACGCUCCGACUUGCAUCUGCCCAGCCCUCUGGAAUCCGGUCUGCGGAAGCGAUGGUAACACCUACUCUAACCCUUGCGAACUCUUGUGCUUGGCUCGUCAAGAUUCCUCGUUGAAGAUGGUCUUCUAUGGAGAGUGUGCAUGCAUCUGCACCAGAGAGUACGUCCCAGUUUGCGGUUCCAACGGAGAAACCUACGAUAACUCGUGUCUUCUCAGCUGCGCCGCAAGAACUGAGUCAAUCGUCAAGGUCAGGGAAGGACGUUGUUAAAUGUUAAAUUUUAAUGUAAUUCCUAUGUAAUAAACUAUUAGUAUCAUGAAAUUAA